AUGGCUUAACCCAAUGAAGAUCAACCUACUUUAGCUGACAUGCAAUCGAUCCAACCUCAAAGACUGAUCCGACUCUUUUUUAAAUACAUCUUUUCCGAUAUUGCCAAGAGGCCACGUUCUUUCAAGAUUGGAUUAUUCUCAACUUAUAUUGUAAUUGCAUUUCUGGGAUUACUGUAAUGUUUAAAAAGUCUAAGUCCUUUUUUGUUUCUUCAAUUGGCUGAAACCUCUGUUGGGGAUGCAGAUCUACAAUUUUUACCCAAAAAUCUGGCUAGCAAAAAUGAAUUCAGGCUCAUCAACAUAACAGAAUUACGCCAAGUAAUCUAUUCAUUCUAUUUAGUAUACUACUUAAAUUGACGAAUUCCUAGAUGUUUCCCCAAGAUGGCUGUUUAUGUGUGAUAUCUACAAUCCCAAAACAUCACUUAAUUUGACUUCCUUUUUUAUGAUUCUAGAUUCCCAACUUGAAAACAGCAUAGGCCUUGGUCGAAGAUUAGACACAGACAUCAUCACUUCUAAUUAAAUUUAUAUCUCCAGCACGCUCUAAAAAGGACUGGGUGUUCAAAUUGGAGACACUAUUCAAAUUAGAUUUAGCGUUCUUCAAUUUCUCAAACACUUUGGAUUCAACGACAAAGAAGGUGAAUCUAAGAAUAAUCUAAGAGAAUCUUUCAAACGGUUCUUAAAUGACCUAUUGCAAAUUUCUGAUGAUGAUAUAUUACAUAGGAAAUUUGAUGUUGCAACUAUGUUGAAAUAUGCCAAAGAAUAUAAAUAUUAUGUUAAUGAUUUAGAAGCAUCUGAAUGGAAGAAAAAUCAGACUAAAAAAAGUUUAGUUUAAUCAAUUUAUAGUUAAAACAUAACAACUCAUUAGAAGAAGUUAGCUAAACGAAUGAUUGAAUACUUAUUUACUAGAAAUUUGACGAACGAUGCCAAAAGCAUUUAUCGAUUUGUUUUAAGGUUAUCAAAAUUUACUUAAGAAAUCACUAUUUCAUAAAUAGAGGAUGGCAUAUUUGA